AUGUUGUCCAAGCAAUCAUCAUUACAAAUUCCCAUCGCGGUGCUGAUCUUGGCGGUCCACUUGCUGCUCAAUGUGGUGGCAGCAGGCCCCACUGCAGCAGCCGCGGGCGGAGAGCCAGUCCUCGAGCUCUACAUGCACGACAUCCUCGGGGGAAGCAGCCCUACAGCAAGGCCUGUCACGGGGUUGCUCGGCAACAUAUACACCGGUCAGGUGCCCUUUGCGAGGCCGAUAGGGUUCAUACCUCCGAAAGGUGGCGUGGCUAUUCCCAACGCGAACGGGGCUAUCCCCACGGUUAAUGGCGUCAAUGGGAUCCCACUUGGGACUGGUUUGGCCGGCACGACUUUUGCAGGAAAGCCCAUCAUCAAUCAGAACAACAACGGCAACAACUUCAAUAUCCAGACCCAGCUGGGUCCUGACGGGUUGGGCCUCGGGUUCGGGACAAUCACUGUGAUCGACGAUGUACUGACGUUAAGCCCUGAUCUUGGGUCACAAACCAUUGGCAAAGCGCAGGGAGUGUAUGUCGCAAGUUCUGCGGAUGGGAGCACGCAGAUGAUGGCGUUCACGGCCAUGAUCGAGGGAGGAGAAUAUGGCGACAGCCUCAACUUCUACGGCAUAUACAAGAUCGGGAGCCCCAUGUCACAUCUAUCGAUCACUAGUGGUACUGGGAAAUUCGAGAAUGCUUGCGGAUUCGCCGAAGUGCGGCCGCUUGUGCCAUCUGGCCAGACUGUCAUAGAUGGUGCAGAGACAUUGCUCAGGAUCACAGUCCAUCUAAAGUAUUAGGCCCCCGUGUUGCUGAGAAACCAUGUGAAGUUGUGUGGGAGAAAACGAGUGCUGUCAAUCUGUUUAUUUCCAUUCGAAAUGUUACCUGUACUGUGUACAAGUUGAUUACCGAGGCCUAAAUUCUAGCAAAUGGUUCUAAAUCA